CGCCCUGCGCAGCGUCACGGUCACCGUUGUGCGCCGCGCCCUCCCGGCCCGUUGCAGCGGAGCGCGGCCCGGCCCGAGGAUGCGGGAGGCGUCGGCGCUGCCCAGCGCCCCCGGCGCCGCCCCGGUGCCCGGCUUCCUGGCCAAGCUCUGGGCGCUGGUGGAGGAUCCGCAGAGCGACGACGUCAUCUGCUGGAGCCGGAAUGGUGAGAACUUCUGCAUCCUGGAUGAGCAGAGGUUUGCCAAGGAGCUGCUCCCCAAGUACUUCAAACACAACAAUAUCUCCAGCUUCAUACGACAGCUUAACAUGUAUGGUUUCAGGAAGGUGAUUGCACUGGAGAACGGUAUGGUUACAGCUGAGAAAAGCUCCGUCAUUGAGUUCCAGCACCCUUUCUUCAAGCAAGGGAAGGCACAUUUACUGGAAAAUAUCAAGCGCAAGGUAUCCGCAGUAAGAACUGAGGAUCUCAAGGUCUGCACGGAGGAUUUGCACAAAGUGCUCUCCGAAGUCCAGGAGAUGCGAGAGCAGCAGAACAACAUGGACGUCAGACUGGCCAACAUGAAGAGAGAAAAUAAGGCCCUGUGGAAAGAAGUGGCAGUUCUAAGGCAGAAGCACAGUCAACAACAGAAGCUGCUGUCUAAGAUUCUUCAAUUUAUACUGAGUUUGAUGCGAGGAAAUUAUAUUGUUGGGGUCAAAAGAAAAAGGUCUCUCACGGAUGCUGCGGGUGCUUCGCCUUCCAAGUACAGUCGUCAGUUCGUGCGCAUCCCGGUGGAGAGCGGCCAGGCGGUGACUUUUCCCGAGCACGGUGCAGGCGAUGAGGAUGGCGGUGGUACAGGUCUCAUCAUUCGCGACAUCACCGAUACCCUGGAUAACGCCGGCGACAGUCUGCUUGCCGUGGCACACACCAGCGGCAGAGCCAGAGAGACACAGGCAGCUCUGGAUCCUGGCUUACCGAUUUGUCAAGUAUCACAGCCCAGUGAGUUUAAUUAUACAGAACCUAUCCCACCAGUUCACGUAAAUGAUGUCAACAAGCCCAGUGAAAUAGGAAAUUCUGCUGUGGAGCUCCAUGCUGCACAACCUACUGCUCCGGAAGACCCCGUGUCCGUGAUUGACUCCAUCCUGAAUGAGAACAACCCUGGAAACCAAAGCGACCCUUUACUGGACAGAGAGGAAAUUCAGGAUUUUCUUAAUUGCAUCGAUGCCAGCCUUGAAGAACUUCAAGCAAUGUUAUCUGGGAAGCAGUAUAACUUUGGUUCUGAAGGUUUCAGCGAUACGCUUAAUCCUGAGCUGCCAGCCCUGGAUAUGACCUUGAUGGAAGCUUCCCCUGGUAUGGAAAAUAUUCAGAUUGCAGACCUGGCAGAGGGCACUGAAGAUCUGGGAGCGAGUGAGAGAGCGACGGCGGGGAGCAAAGAUAUGCAGCUGAUCCAGUACAGGGCCAAUCCUCUGCUUUCGUUAUUUGAAGAGCUACCUUCCAGCGAAGCCGCGGGGAAGCUGGAGGAUCCGAAAGACCUUCUGCUGCCGCCCCUGGAGGAGAAGCCUGCUCUUCAUCCUCCGCCGGGCAGCGGAGCGGCCCCGCCAGCAGCGCCGGCCGGCCCGGCCGAGCCGCUGGAUGCGCUGGGAGUGGGGGACCCGCCGCUCCUCGCGGAAGAUGGGAACGGGGAGUACAAACUGUUCCCGCUCCUGCUCCUCAGCCCUGUUGCCAACUUCAUAGAAGAGGCCUCCGAGAUAGAAACUUCUUGAACUCUCUUAACACCAGCGGCCGCCUUAGUGCGGUGGAACAGGCAACAAAGGAAUGGAUCAGCCAGACCCUGAGGUCCCUCGCUGCCUCCCGCGUGCCGCGCUCCGCACCGGCACAGGGCGGUUCUUUCCGCAAGCAAAGGCGCGCCUGGGAAAACUGAAAACAAGCUCGGAACGGGCUGGUGGGAGUGGAGGCACCGACCGCGGUGAGAACGACCGGUAAACGUACCACAUCGUAUUCCCAGACUUUUAUCCGAUAUCCUUAUUGCAAAAGGAAAUCUGUUUGUAUGCUGUUUGUAAACUUGGGUUGGAGUUUUUUGUGUUGGUUGUUGUUUUGUUAUUUUUUAAUUUGUUUUUUAUUAGCUGGAUAGUAAUGUGGUGUUUAAUAUUUUAAACGUGUGUUUUACCCUUCUGAGCGCCUGUUUCAAUAGCGGCUUGUCUACUGUUUGGAAUUAAGAUGUUUUAGUUUGAGGUUUGUUUUUUUGAUGGUUUGUGGCUACAAUUGUUUGCAUCUGCUUAGAUCACUUUCGUACUCCUAGAUUCGCUCCUAGGUACAGGGAACGUUUUUCCUAUGGAAAAUUACAUUUUAACUGUGGAGUAUUCCUUUUUAACAUGCCGACACGCAUCCAUCGCCACGGGUCGUAGGUGUUGCGGUAGGAAGUGCUUGCCACCCUGCAUACGCUGAUUUCUCAUGCACAUUGCAUGGCAGUUCUGGGGUAACUCGCACCUCGCUCACAGGUCGUGUGUGCUCAGAAAUCGUGAGUAGAACCGAUCCAGGUCCGGCAGAGUCCAGCAGCUGCCCUUACAGAGCGGGGGGAAGGAGCCGCGGGGUGACGUGUUGACACAGGACAUACCUUCAGAUUUCUCUUCUGUUUGCGGCAGCUCCUUGUUCACCUGCCCCUCUGCGAACACUGGGCUUCUUCCUGCGUUUCCUGCUUGUGGCAUCUCACAGCUAAAUCACCUACAUGCGUUUGGGUCCUUCGACAGCGAAUUACAAAAACAGUGCCUGCUUAGUCAAAAAGUGUUUCCGCAGAGCUCUUCCCCGCGCUGUGUCCUGGGUCCCGGCUGUGCCCGCGCCGGCUCCCGCUCCCCGGCUGGCGCGGGCCUGGAGCCGCCUGCCCGCACGGGGAGCUCGCUGGGGGCGGGGAGGCCCUGGAUGGAUCGCGGGAUGUUUCCUACCGGCACAAUUACUUGACGUGUUUUUCAAUUUUAGGAAUUCAAGCUACCUAUGGGCUUUGUUCUCUCCAAAGUUUCUGAACUAGUACAAUUUGAGAUCUUUUAUAUUCAAGAAUCCAAGUUAAUCUGAUAUUCUAAAGCCUACUAGAUAAUGCACGUUAUCUAUGCUGGCCUUGCUUAAUUGGGUUUGUGAUUUGUUGUCCAGUCCUUUGGGCUGCGGAGGAUCUUCGCUGCGUGUGCACGUGCGGUGCCCUCACGGGGUCAUUUCAUUCCCGUGCUUCUGUCCUUUUACCUCGUGACCCUCCACGUUUGUAUUGUUUGAAUUGCCUUUUGCCACCUAUGUCUUAUUCCAGCCUCCUCUUGGCUUUCUGUCGCUUACUUCUUGAGACAAAGGGCUGAAGAGUCUCAAGUUCUCGUGAGCUAAAGGGAGAAGGGAAGUGAGUGAACCGCGUGUGUCGGGUCUGCCGCUCUUUCGUUUCAUCCCAAAGGCUUCGGUUUUGCCAAGAGCGAAGCGGCAGCAGCAGUGUUCUCUGUGCUGCUCUGGCCGCUGGCACGGGGCGGGCUGCGGUUCUGCCGGGGUCACUGUCCUGUUCUUCCAUCAUGGUGUCCUCUGGCCUCAGUGCAUCUCCCCGUCAGAUACUCGAUCUGAUUGUGUGAUAGGUUUUAAAUACACGUUAUCUCUUAAGAAACCAAGGCUUAAGAAAACUGCAAAUAAAACUUGUGCAUCUGUGUCUGAUUUAUGUACAGGUCUAGGAAAAGAGUUUAUUUGUGCAAGUUUCUGAGAAAGAUUGCGAUGGAAAGGGCAAGGCUGAACAGCAAGAAAAACCCACAUGCUGAAGUAAUUAAACUCAAGAAUUGCAAAACCA